UAUCAUCGUGAUCAGCCCGCUCUCAGCCGUGAUCUAAGAAUAUACUUGUAUAUAUCAGGAUUAUCAGGAGCGUAAUCGCUCCCAUAGAAAUGAUCUUUCACAAAAUCCCCUCCACAUUCCACUGGUAUACCCACAAAAGAAGUAUGGGAAUUCCCUACUGAAAACUGAGUUAUUCUAUAUUUUUAGAUCACGAAAUCAUACACUAUAUUGUCUGGACUGAAUCAUGCAUGAUGAUAUGUCAUAUAUUGAUUAUCUUCUGAAUGAAUAACUGAAGCCAUCAAGUCAGAACCCCAGGCCCAGCUUGUGUAUUUGUUAUAUAUCGGAAGGGCUUUCUUCGGUCCGGACCUUCAUCAGUGAAUUAUGGGAAAUUCAUACAUUUUUGUACAAAAAUAUUUUGAAAUAUCAAUUUGUAAAAAAAUCCGAUCUAUUUAAUAUAGCACGAAGGAAUUUUUUGUGUAGUUUUAGAAUGAAUUUCAAAUUUCAAGUUUAGAAUGAAUUUCAAACGAUUGAGGAAUUAACGAUACCCAUCAUCAUCAUGACAUCAUCAUCCGUCGGUUCCGAAUGUCAAAUAACGUCAAAGCCUUUAUUAACAGGAGGAACCGAGACAAGUGAUGAGGUGAAAUCUAAAGGCAGCCAUCCUUUGGGAAAAUUUUAUGGCUUUGUGCACGGAUUUGUUGCGUCGGUGUCCGUUAUUAUAGUCUCAGAACUCGGUGAUAAAACCUUCUUCAUUGCAGCCAUUAUGGCGAUGAAGUAUCCGCGAAUGACGGUGUUUACUGGUGCUCUGGGGGCACUAGGAUUUAUGACUGUCCUCUCGGCAGCAUUAGGCUAUGCGACUACCAUCAUUCCGAGGAAAUUCACGUUCUAUGUGUCCACCGCACUUUUUGUAUAUUUUGGUUUGAAAAUGUUACACGAGGGUUACAAAAUGGAUCCAAAUGAAGGACAAGAAGAAUACGAAGAAGUUCAAGCCGAACUUAAGAAAAAAGAAGAGGAGCUACAAGAAACGUCAAGAACGUCUGUGGUCGAAGAUCCUGAAUCUGGUAUCAUCAAAGUGACCAAACAACCGGGCCAUUGUUUCGGUUUAGUCUCACCCGUAUUUCUGCAAUCUUUCACUUUAACGUUCUUAGCGGAAUGGGGUGAUCGAUCUCAGUUAGCAACAAUUAUUUUGGCCACAAGAGAGGAUGUUCUGGGCGUUACUUUGGGUGGCACGUUGGGUCACGCUUUGUGUACGGGAUUAGCAGUCAUUGGUGGUAGGCUUAUUGCACAGAAGAUAUCUGUAAAAACAGUUACCCUCAUUGGUGGCGUUGUAUUUUUACUGUUCGCAGUUUCAUCAUUGAUAAUAGGACCAUGAUAUCGAAUUUUAGUCCUGACUAUAUUU